GGUACACAUUGUGUGUGCACAAAAUGGCGGACACUACACGCAGGGUACUCUGUGCAGCAGUGAUCGUUUCUGUGCUAGGACCAGGAAUUGUUGAGGGUGUGACAUUCGACAAUUUCACUGCACUAAAAAAAGAGUGGGUCGAUUGUGGAUACCCCCCAGCAGAAACAUAUAAUGAAACGAGGUCUACUUAUACUAAUAGUUUUAGUAUAUGCGUUGAGAAAUAUAACGCCGUUCCUACAGUGAAGACAAUCUGUGAUCUAUACCAACAAGAGGUUCAUAGGUUCUGUCUCUGGUCGGAGUCGGUUGAUGUGCGGGAAACAGCCGAUGAAACCAGGCAAUUGUUGAACACACGUCUUCACGUAUGUAGCGUAGCGAAGAGGGUGCGGUUGAGUUACCCGAUGCAGGAACACCUACAAGGUCCAAGGUGUCCAUCUGCCUGUUCCACACUUGGCGCCGCAGAAGUGUGCAGAUUGCUCAUCAUUCUAUCGUUGACAGGGCCAAACACCUUCCUGAAUUGGCAGCCCACGACAACGAGUUCGAAUUUAAAUCCGACAGAGAAUCCGACAGAGAAUCCGACAGAGAAUCCGACAGAGAAUCAGACACAGACUCAGACACAGGCUCCGACACAGAAUCAGACACAGACUCAGACACAGGCUCCGACACAGAAUCAGACACAGAAUACCACACAACCAGCAGCCCGAACAUCAUCUGUGAAAUAUCUCCUGUAUUCCGCCCUAGUGGUGGCCAUCUGCGUGGCUCUCUACAUUAUCUACAGAACAAGAAAAACGAUCCUGACUUGCCUUCAAGAGGAUGGGAAAACGUCGGAGUCACCUGAAGAUGGGAAGGGGACCUACCAGAAGUUACCACAUUUUGAAAGGGCUGUACCAUCAUUAGACGCUGUAGAUAAAGUCAAAUAGUUUGAUUACUACUGCCUGUGAUUGACAUUCAGGCUUAACCUGUUAUCCUAUGAAUCUGCACUCUGUUUGUUGCAAUGAUUCUUAUUUGCAAAAUGAAAACAAGACACUCACAUGAGCAAUGGGUGUGUAUGAAGGCUCAUCAACCCUCUAUAUGAAGUAGUCACACACACACACACACACACACACACACACACACACACACACACACACACACACACACACACACACACACACACACACACACAUACAUACAUACAUACAUACAUACAUUCAUAAUGUAAUGCAGUCGGUGCUACCAGUCAGUAAUGCAUGUAUAACGAUGCAGGAAUGAGACGCUUCAUGUUGAAGUUUUUAAACAUAGAUCUUUAGAUAAUCUUCUUUGUAUUUUGCGACAUUUACAUGUAUUAUAUUUCUGUUCACUUAUUAAACUCAUUAACCCCCCAGA